GGUUCCAAUUGAGUACUUCUAACUGAAAUAAUUAAUCUAAAAUAAAUGAUUUUUUUAUGAAAAAUAAAAUUACAUGAAAAAACACUUGUUAAAAUAGAAAAAUUUAAUUAAAUAAAUAGACAUGACAAGUGAAAUAGAUAAUACAGAUGACCUCAUACAACAAAAAAUUUUAUCUGCAAAAAAGGAAAGAAAAAUAAAAAUCAUAAGAAUCAUAACAGUAAUUGCUUACUUAAUAGCCGUCUCUACAGCAUCAGUAAUGCUAUCUGCUUAUUAUAUGUUUUUAUGGAAACCUCAAGUCCGAAAUUUAACUCUUCCAUCAGACACCGAAGAAGGGAUAAUGAUGGCCCAGCACAGUGAUGUUAAUCAUUAUACAGAUUCUGCGACUUCAAUGAAUAUCAAGAACCCCAUCACUGCAGUCUCCUCUCGAAUCAUAAAUACAUUUUCGCAAGUUAAAAAUAUUAAUGAUGUUCCUGAAAUUAUCGUAAGUCCAUCUACUGAUCUAAGUUCAUCACAUACAUAUCAAAUAAUAUCCUCAAUCAAUGAACUCACGUCCACUUCACAUUGGGAAAGUGCAACGGACAUCACUGAAUCACCAUUGUGAUUGAUAGCUUAUAUUUAUGAACAUUCAUGUAAUAACUAAAUAUUGAACGAUUAAUUUUGUUAAUUAAAUAAAAUUUUAAUUAUAUUCAUUUUAAUCUUGUGAUUUAUUAAAAAUAAAGAAAAGUACAUGCAAAAACAACCUUAACUUAUCGGUAGUUAUAUAAGUUUUUAUAAUCUAAUUUAUUUGUACAAUUUUGUUUGUUUAUUAAAUCAACCUUCAGUAAUAAAUAUACAAAAGAAUAAUUAUUUUUAUGGUUAUAUUAAAUUUUAGAAUCAGUCUGUGUGUUAAAUGA